AACCUUAUCGGGCCCACACACAGUUACUGCGCACCUGUGGUUCGUGCGAUAUGGCAAAGAAAUUCCACCUGAAGAUCUUUUAAGAAUAGCAAACGAAUGGCGUAUCCCUUUGGAAACUGAAUAUGCAAAGAAACUUAUUACCAUAAACGCACCACCUGAACCGCCGGGUUUGAUCGCGGAGCCUCCAGGCCCUAAGAGAGCACUUCGCCGAAAAGAACGUGUACUACACAUUGUAGAGAGGUUCGGCCUCUUUUUGCACAAUAUGUUGGCUGUAAAUUACUAUCACCCGCAUGACUGGGAAGCCCUUCAGCGUGUAGCUGAUGAAGUGGAACAAUACUUGGAGGACCUUGGAUGGGUGCAAUUUUACCGUGAUCAGAUGGAUAACGGAAUUGAUUCGAUGAUG